AAAGCAGGAUGGGAAAAGAUUGCGCAACACAAGUCACAUUGAAUGAAUUAUGAACGGUAUCGUUGGUUCUUCGUUGUAGUAGUUGUAGACUAGAGUAGCUUGCAGGUAUAGGAAUUGGAAUUGGCGCAUGAAUUGAAGGUUAUCGUCGUCUCUCUCCCUCAAUCGCCUUCAAAACUGCAAACUGAUACACGAUCAGAUAAGAUAAGAAGAGACCAAACAAAAAACAAAAAACAAAAGUAGUAACUAAUUCUCAAACUGCAAAUUGCAAUCGUGGCCGUCCAUUCCGUUGACCGAUGAAUAUCAAAAGCGCACACACGAUUCGCACUUCCAUUUCCAAUUCCCAUUCCCAUUCCCGUUGCCAUCGCCAGCGCAUAUAUCAAAUCGAAUAGCCGCAAACCCUUCGCUUCGUCUUCUCCGAUCCGCGGUGGCAGAGGUUGCAUUCGUGGACCUUACAAACCCUAACUCACUCAAUUGCAUUGCCAUGUCAUGAUCCUGCACGCCUGAAGCCACACCAUGAUGAACACAUCCAACGGCAUGAUGUCACCGUCGUCUUCAUCGGCAACGGCACAGUCGCCUGGACUCAAGACCUAUUUCAAAACCCCCGAGGGCCGCUAUAAGCUUCAAUACGAGAAAACUCACCCUUCUGGUCUUCUUCAUUAUGCCCAUGGCAAAACCGUUACUCAGGUAACCCUGGCACAUCUAAAAGACAAGCCUGCGCCUUCUACCCCAACCGCAUCUUCUUCAAGUUUCAGUGCCAGCAGUGGGGUACGCUCGGCAGCGGCUAGAUUGUUGGGAGGAAGCAAUGGAAGCCGGGCACUUAGUUUUGUGGGAGGCAAUGGCAGCAGCAAGAGCAAUGGAGGAACCAGUAGAAUUGGUUCCAUUGGUGCCUCGAGUACAAGUAGUUCAAUGGCUAAUCCAAAUUUUGAUGGGAAAGGAACGUACUUGAUCUUCAAUGUUGGGGAUGCAAUUUUCAUUAGUGAUUUGAAUUCUCAAGACAAGGAUCCAAUAAAGUCCAUUCACUUCAGUAAUUCAAAUCCUGUGUGCCACGCAUUUGAUCAGGAUGCCAAGGAUGGGCAUGAUUUGCUCAUUGGUUUGAACUCUGGCGAUGUCUACUCAGUGUCACUGAGACAGCAAUUACAGGAUGUUGGUAAAAAGCUUGUUGGAGCCCAGCAUUACAACAAAGAUGGUUCUGUCAAUAACAGUCGUUGUACUUGUAUUGCUUGGGUGCCUGGAGGUGAUGGUGCUUUCGUUGUUUCUCAUGCCGAUGGGAAUUUGUACACAUAUGAAAAGAACAAAGAUGGUGCUGGUGAUUCUUCUUUCCCAGUUGUAAAAGAUCAAACUCAGUUUUCUGUUUCCCAUGCACGUUACAGUAAGAGUAAUCCAAUAGCCAGAUGGCAUAUAUGUCAGGGUUCAAUUAACAGUAUUUCUUUCUCAAUGGAUGGGGCAUACUUAGCAACUGUUGGACGUGAUGGUUAUUUGCGAGUGUUUGAUUACGCAAAAGAACAACUUAUAUGUGGUGGGAAAAGUUAUUAUGGUGCUUUGUUAUGUUGUGCUUGGAGCAUGGAUGGAAAAUAUAUUUUGACGGGAGGGGAAGAUGAUUUAGUUCAAGUUUGGAGCAUGGAAGAUCGCAAGGUUGUGGCAUGGGGUGAGGGACAUAACUCAUGGGUCAGCGGAGUUGCUUUUGAUCCAUAUUGGUCAUCACCAAAUUCAAAUGAUAAUGGAGAGACCAUUAUGUAUCGUUUUGGUUCUGUUGGUCAGGAUACACAAUUGCUUCUAUGGGACUUGGAAAUGGAUGAGAUUGUAGUGCCGUUGAGGCGAUGUCCACCUGGUGGGUCUCCGACUUACAGUGCUGGGAGUCAGUCAUCCCACUGGGACAAUGUUGUCCCAUUGGGUACCUUACAACCUGCUCCAAGUAUGCGGGAUGUUCCAAAAAUAUCACCAUUGGUUGCCCAUCGAGUGCAUACUGAACCACUCUCUGGCUUGAUAUUUACCCAGGAAUCUGUUCUUACUGCCUGUCGGGAGGGGCACAUUAAAAUCUGGACGAGGCCUGGCACAGCCGAGAGCCAAUCAAGCACGUCUGAAAAUUUGUUAGCCACCAGUCUCAAAGAAAAACCUCCACUUUCAAGCAAGAUCAGCAAUUCUAGCUACAAACAAUGACAAGUCUUAAUCUAAGGGAAUUUUAAGAAUUUUUUGUUUACAUGGUUUGUUUAUCUUUUAUCCAGUUGUUUCCUAGUUUUAAUAUAAUGUUUCAAGUAAAGAUGAAUCAACUGGUCUACUGUAUAUUCAGUUAUUUACGGAUGAGCAUGCCAUUGUUGGCACUGAGAGGAUGGGAGGGAGAGUUCUCUCCGGCUGCCUGCUGUAAUUAUAAACGGCCGAUAUUAGGAUGUCUGAUUAGUGAUUACAGGAAUAAUGUGAAAUUGGUCCUUUGGAGAUCGGUACUUUUGAAGUGCAUACAUACAAGGCAUUAUUUAUUGUUGGCAUUUCA